GAAUCGGGGAAGGGGCCUAUUGUCUGGGACAGGGAAGCCUUCAUCCAUCCAUCCAUCAAUCAGCGUUAAUCAUUGCGGCAAAUCAAGCUGCUAAGUAACCAGGCAACAGACAAAUGGCCGCGAAUCCGAACGAAGCACUUUUCAAUCGCCCCGGCCCGAAUCGCCUGAGGCAAUCGGAGGUCUAUCGCACCACCGAUCCCGAAGAGGCCGUCAAGAUACGCAUGCAGAAGGAGGGUCUCGGCGCCGAGGAACCCAUCUCUAUACCCGGCCUACUGAAGCGCACCGUCAAUAAUUUUCCCGACUAUCCGGCUCUGCGCUUCAAGAACGACAAAAAUGGCUACACCACAGUUACCUAUAAGCAAUACGAACAGAAGGUGCAUCAGACGGCGAAGGCUUUCAUUAAGCUAGGCCUGCAGGAGCAUCAUUCGGUGGGCGUGUUGGCUUUCAACUGCGCCGAAUGGUUCUACUCGGCAAUGGGCGCCAUUCACGCCCGCGGCAUCAUUGCCGGCAUCUAUACCACCAACUCGGCGGAGGCUGUGCAGCAUGUGCUGGAGAAUUCGCGUGCCCAAAUUGUUGUCGUGGACGAUGCCAAGCAAAUGGACAAAAUUCAUUCGAUACGCGACAAAUUGCCCAAUCUGAAGGCAGCCGUACAGAUCCAGGAACCCUAUGCACCCUAUCUGAAAAAGGAGGAUGGCUACUAUAGGUGGUCCGAGAUUGAGGCGAUGAAUGUGGAAGACGUGGAGGAUGAGUACAAACGUCGUCUGGAGAACAUUGCGAUCAAUGAGUGUUGCUGUCUGGUCUAUACCUCCGGCACGGUGGGCAUGCCCAAGGGCGUGAUGCUGUCCCACGAUAAUAUUUCAUACGAUACGCGCGGCAUUGGCAAGGGCCUGGAGAAAAUCGUCCUGGGUGCGGAGUGUAUGGUCUCCUAUUUACCGUUGUCCCAUGUGGCGGCGCAGGUUGUCGAUAUUUAUGCGAUCGCCUCGUUCGGCGGUUGCAUUUGGUUUGCCGAUAAGGAUGCGCUGAAGGGAACGCUGGUCAAGACGCUGCAGGAUGCGCAUCCGACACGGUUUAUGGGCGUGCCGCGUGUCUAUGAGAAGUUCCAGGAGCGCAUGGUUGCGGUCGCCAGCUCCAGCGGCAGCUUUAAGCGAAUGCUCGCCGGCUGGGCCAAGGGCGUUUCGCUAAAACAUUAUAUGGAGAAUCAGGGCAAGAGCAGCGGAAGCUUGAGCUACAAAAUUGCCAGGUCACUCAUCCUGUCCAAGGUGAAGGCUGCGCUGGGCUUCGAUCGUGUGAUCAGCCUGGUGACCGCUGCGGCGCCCAUGUCCCCAGAGACCAAGAAAUACUUCCUCAGUCUGGACAUGAAGAUAUUGGAUGCCUUUGGCAUGUCCGAAACGGGCGGCUGUCACACGCUCUGCCUGCCGGACUCGACGCUCUUGAACUCGAUUGGCAAAUCGUUGCCGGGCUGCGAAUCGAAGAUCAUCAAUCAGGAUGAGAAUGGCCACGGUGAGCUGUGCAUACGUGGACGCCAUGUGUUCAUGGGCUACAUUGCCAACAAGGAGAAGACGGAGGAGUCCCUGGACGACGAUUGCUGGCUGCACACGGGCGACUUGGGCUACAUCGACGACAAGGGCUAUGUGAUGCUGACUGGCCGCUCCAAGGAGCUGAUCAUCACAGCCGGCGGCGAGAAUAUUCCACCCGUGCACAUUGAGAACAUCAUCAAGAAGGAAUUGGAUGGCAUCUCCAAUGCCUUCCUGGUGGGUGAGCAGCGCAAAUAUUUAACUGUACUGGUGUCCAUUAAGACCGAGGUGGAGCGCGAGACUGGCGCACCCACGGAUGAUCUGACGCACGAAGCGAUUGUCUGGAUGAAGUCGCUGGGCGUUGAGUACACGAAACUCAGUGAAAUUCUGGCAGCCGGUCCUUGCCCCAAAGUCCUGAAGUCCAUCGAGGAUGGCAUCAAGCGCGCCAACAAACAAUCCAUCUCGAAUGCCCAGAAGGUGCAGAAAUUCGCCAUACUGCCGCACGAUUUCUCGAUAGCCACCGGCGAGCUGGGACCCACUCUGAAGGUCAAGCGCAAUGUGGUUAACAAAAUGUACGCGGAUCUCAUCGAGACCCUAUAUGCCUAAGCAACGAUUCUACGUUUGGCUGUGAAACCAAAUCAAACUUAAAACAAAACCAACCCGAAAAUCAAAUCAAAAGAAAAGAAAGGAAAUGAAAUUAUUUAUCAACCUAUGAGAGCUAUGCAAUUAGAGCUUUAAAACACAAAAAUUAGAUAUGAAAUGAAUUUAAACGGACUUACAAGCCAUUGCCAGAGCUUAACAUUAACUAUUUGUACUAUAAUAUCUAUAUCUAUAUAUAGAGAGAAAUUUUUGUAGAUAAAAAAUCCUAACCCACCCGCCACUCAAUUGAUAUGAGUGCGAUGUUGAUAAUGAUGUUAAAAAUGUUGAUAAUGUUGAUAAUGAUGAUAUUGAUUGAUGAUGAUAGUGAUGAUACUGAUGAUAACGAUUGAUGUUAAUGAUGAACGACUAAACUUUUUCCAUCAAAACUAUAUUGAUAUCUAGCCUAUAAGUUUUUGAAAUAGUAUGUUAAUUUGUUUUAUUUACUGAAACACACGAGCGCUAAGGAAAUGAUACAUACGAUCCUAUUGUUUGAAUUACAAUAAAAAAAAUAUAUAUACAAAAAAUAUUUGCUUGUAAAUUUACAGUUAAUUUUAAAUUACGUUAAUUUUAAAUUUGAAAUUAAAAUCAAGCUUGAGAAUUCCUAAAUGUAGUGCUAGUCCUGAGAGAUGCCUUCCUGCAUAUUUUCACCAGCUCAUCCAUUUCCACUCCCGAUAAGUUGACUGAAUUGCUAUUAUCUCACUGUAAAGAAAAACAUAAAAAUAAUAAAGCAUAAUAAUAAAGGGU